UUAGCGGGCUAAGCGUCGCGGAGCGCGCGCACUCACAUUGGCGGGAACGCGCGAAAAAAUAACAUUUUUUUUAGUUUAUGUGAUUGUCGCACAGGAUGGAGAUAAAAGGUUUUAUGACGAGAUGCUUCUUUCUCGUGAACGUCGCUCUGAUCCUGCGAGUGGCCAGUGCUUCCCAAAUCGGCACGAACUGCCGCAAUAAUAAUGACUGCAACGUGCCAAAUGCCCACUGCCAGAAGGGAGUGUGUGCAUGCCAACCUUACUUUGCCAAUCUGGAUAAUUCUACCUGCAUCGAAUCGACUCUUCUGGGUGCGGAGUGUGUGGUAUCCGAGCAGUGUUCCCUGCGCGUCGCCUACAGCGCCUGCCUAGAAGGGGUCUGCCGGUGCACCGACGGUCAUCUGCAGUUCAGGAAACAUACGUGUCUAUCUCCUGCCGCCCCCGGCCACGUGUGCUACAGCAACGAGCACUGUCGUUUAUGGGACAAAGAAAGUCACUGCGAGUUCGUGAUCAGAGAUCUUAUCGGGAGAUGCGCAUGCAACUCUUACUUUAAACAAGUCGGCUCCAAAUGCUUCCCGCAUAAAGUGCCAUUUUACGCAACAGAACAGUUCACAGAUCAAGAUAUACAUAAUGCGGAAGUACCGAUUGCGAAUAUUAGCGUAGCAUCAAAGAACGCAAACAAAACUAUAAAUAUUGAAGAUGAUAAGACGACACCAGCCAAUGCAGAUACUGCAGAAGCUAAGCCAAGUAAUCUGCCCAUGUUCACAAGCAAGAAUGACGUGCUAAGCACUCAAGAAGACAGUCCACUUAUGCAAGCAGUAUUGAAGGUUCCCAGUACGGUUGAACCAGCUAAAAGGCCGAUAUCCGUAAGAAAGGACGGAGAUAACAAUGAACUAAUCAAUUUAGACGAGAUGACUGCUAGUCUGCACGCAAACGAUCAACCGAUUUACAGAGUAGUAACCCAACCUUCUGUCGACAAGAAGAAUGCCAAGAAGGGCAACUCAAAGGAACAAACUGGAUCGAAGACACAGAAAAGUCCCCAGAAAAAGACAUCUAAAGAUAAGCAACGAGUCCGUCUCGACGGUGUUGUUCCAUUAGUCCUGGGUCCAGUUUCUCUGGGCAUGCCCUGUUACACCGACGAGCAGUGCAGCGCGGUCGACGCAAACGCACGCUGCGUCAACAAACGCUGCGACUGCGCGUUCCGCACCAACUCCACUUCAGCUUGCUCGGCGCGGAACAGAGGAUGCUUGCCAGGAACAUUCCAGUGCAAGUCAACGGGAACGUGCAUAAGCUGGUACUUCGUGUGCGACGGCCGCAACGACUGCCCCGACGGUUCCGACGAGAAGUGUCAAGGUACUCGCAAAGACGCUGGCGAGAGAUGUCCAAUGCACGCGUUCCGGUGCGGCGGUCCGGGCUCGCCGUGCGUUUCGCGUGCGGCGCGCUGCGACGGCACGCAGCAGUGUCCAGGCGGGGAGGACGAAAAGAAUUGUAGAGCCACACGAAGGAGGGGAUGCCCCCGCCACACGUUCAGGUGCGGUUCCGGCGAGUGUCUGCCGGAGUACGAGUUCUGCAACGCCAUCAUCUCCUGCAAGGACGGCUCCGAUGAGCCCUCGUAUCUCUGCAACUCUGAACACUCCAGAUGGCGCGCGGCGGAGUUCUGUCCGCUGCGGUGCGGCAACGGUCGCUGUCGCAGCACCGCGGUCGCGUGCUCCGGCCGCGACGGCUGCGGCGACAACAGCGACGAGAUCGCCUGCUCCGUCUGUAAAUGUCCAGCCCCGCCAGAGUCGCCCUGAACCAAGGAUAACUGAAGAUAACUCCGGAUCUCAAAAAGUGUAUAAGAAGUUUUCGUAGAGUGUAAAAUUAAUGUUCUUCUGAUGAUUUCAAUUUUACUUUGACUUUAAACUGAAAGUAGUAAACUGGUCACAUUUA